CUUUGCAUAGCUUAUUAGUGCUAAUUGAAAAAAUGCAAUCCAUUUUGUCUGGCGACGCCAUCACUAAUGAAACUUUGGCGGCAAUGUCAAAGUACACAGGCAAAGAAACAGGCCAAAAAGAGAGGGCGCAACAUGCUUUGGAUACCAUGAAUGAAGAUAAAAAGUACAAAGCAUUAGAGUUUGUGAACGAACUGAAGAAGGAAUAUGGUACCGGGGCCUCCACACUUUGCCUAUUUUACAAUGCUACUGGAGAUGCCAUAAACUUUAUAGAAAAACAUGACUGGUAUGGGCACAGUUACAAGUACCCAUAUCCACCGGAACUUGGAAAUGGCCAAUGGGGUGCAUUCCUGCAUGUCCAUCAAGGUGGAUCUGCUACUGGAGCCAUCGGAGCUAUUGUGUAUCGUGGCAAAAAUUGCGACGGAAAUGACACUGAUUGGAUGCAGGCAUGGUACAAUCCAUGGGCCGGAACCAAUCGGGCUUAUACUGAAGUCCAUGAAGCUGGGUAUUUUACCGAAGGUGUUUGGGAUGGAAUCUAUGAUAAACUAAGCAACACAUCAGCCAAUAACGAUUACCAAGGUAAUGGAGGCCAGUCAGGUGUUGGAAUUGGGAAUGACACUUCACCCUAUUUUGAUGGAGUGAUGACUUUGGAAGGUCUGGUAAUCCCUAAAUCUAAAUAAACUAGAUGAUUGUGGGUUACAGUAAAGCUCGGAGCCAGGCUAUAGCUAGCCAUUCCUCAUGGUCUAUGUAUAUAUGUGUGUAUUGAAGAAUGUUUAAAGAAUAAGGCUCGUCAUGUGCACGCAUGAAGGAAUGUUUCUUUGUACUUUAUGAUAUCCUAUGUAUCUUAUGGUUUGCCACCAAUAAAUUAA